AUGGAAGGAAGGACCAAGUCCCCUGGACGAACGUUGCUCACUGCCUUACCUUUCUCCUCCGAGAUCAUGUCUUACAAAGUACCCGGCGACUUCAAAUUCUCGGAACAGGCCACCUUUGACGGAUCCAGCGAUCCGCGAGAGCACCUUUUAAGUUAUCAGGCUAAAAUACAGGUUUUAGGAGUCCGAGACCCUGUCAUGUGUUGCGCUUUUCUACCGACACUAAAGGGGCCGGCGCAAAGAUGGUUGGUGGCUCUGUCCCAAGGAUCGAUACGAAACUUUGAAGAGCUGGCCGACCGCUUCAUGAGUCACUACGCGGCCAACAUCAAGCCGCAAAAGGAUCUGACUCAUCUCGGGGACAUUCAUCAAGAGGAAAGCGAAUCCCUCGAAACUUACUUGGCCCGGUGGCAAAAAGAGAUCCAGUCUAUCGAAGAAGUUGAGGACCAGACCGCCCUCACCUUCUUCAUCGAAUCUUUACGAUCCGGACAGCUGUAUCGUGACCUACGGGACAACCGGCCGGCCACCUUUGCGGAGGCCAUACAUAUGGCUAACAAGCGGGCUAACACGGAGCAGGCCAUGAAGCACAAGCGGCAGCGGGAGGUCGGAGGAUCUACUAAUGGAAAGAGAACCCGCGCAGAAACUAAAGAAAGACGCCCGGAACCGGCUAGGCGACCUGAAGCACGGCGCCCAUAUGAUAGGCCCAGCAUCCACCCUUAUAAGUCGACUCCCCCGCAUCCAGUACAGGAAGUACGAGCAGUCGCGCCUCCUCCGCCUCCCCCGAUCGAGGAGCAUACGACGAAUGAGGAUCCAUGUAAAAUGUCUAAAUAUUGCCGUUAUCAUAAAUCAUACACCCACAACACGGAAGAAUGUUAUUACCUCAAGAAGAUCAUGGAGGGGAUUAUCCAACAAGGGACCCCGCUUCCCAACCAAUGGCGACGAAGAUCGGCAGCCCGGGAAGACGGCGACUCUGCCGGAACAACCGAGGGUAGUCGCGGCAAGCAGCCGGCGACCGACGAAGACGAGGCCCAGUGGCGGCAGAAGCCGGUUACCAAUAUGAUAGUUGGCAGACCAGAGGAAGGCGACUCGGCGAAUACCAGGAAAGCCUGGGCCCGGCAAUUGUAUGUUGGGACCGUGUACGGACGAGAAGGUGGCUCGAAGAAAGUCUGUCGAGAGCCUAUUGUCUUCACUGACAAGGAUCUACCCACAGGGGAAACACCACACCGUGACGCACUGGUCAUCGCAAUGGACGUAAAUGGGGUAGUUGUUCGGCGAAUCCUGGUAGAAACCGGGAGCAGUGUCAACGUCUUGUACCUCGAGACUUUCACCAAGAUGGGUCUAACACGAGAACAAUUGAUCCCAGUUAAGACGCCCCUCGCCGGCUUCACGGGCGACUCGGUGAAGGCGGAAUGGUCAAUCACGUUGCCAGUAGAAAUCGACAGCUAUCCCGACGUACAAAAGCUGGACAUGAAAUUCAUUGUGGUCGACUUGACCUGUUCGCACAACGCAAUACUUGGUCGACUAGGCUUGGAAGAUCUGGUAGCAUUGAUCUCCAUUGAGCAUCUCUGCUUGAAGUUCCGCACGCCGAACGGGAUUGGCAUGGCCCGCUGUGACAGAAGAAUCACCCGUGAUUGCUAUUUACAAGCUUGUAGGGGCAUGGGGAAGCGUGAAAUGCAGGUCCACGAGAUCACAAAACGACCUCCAAAAAAGACAAUGAUACCCCGCCCAGAGCUGGCCGCCGAAUUGGAAGAUAUUGAAAUCAACCCCGAACGACCAGAAAGAAUAGUUCGAAUUGGAGUCGGUCUCCAAGAUGAGGUACGGGCAGAAGUCAUAAAGGUGCUUCGAGAGAACCGGCUAGUCUUUGCUUGGGAGCCGGAGGAUAUGCCGGGAAUUGACCGAUCUAUCAUCGCUCAUCGGCUCGCUGUCGACCCCGACCAUUGA